AUGAAUCAUGAUGGUGUUAAUUGCUUAGGAAAAAUCUGGUAUUUUAUUGUUGAUAAUAUGAAAAUGGAGGUGAUUUCUGAUACUAUUCAACAAGUUUCUUUGAAGUUGAUGCUACUUGAUCAAAAUAAAUCCAUGGUUAUCACAUUUAUUUAUGCAAAAUCUGAUGAAGUGGAGAGGCUACAACUGUGGGAAGACAUUUAUCAUGUGGCCGCUUCUAUUAAUCUUUCAUGGUUAGUUGGAGGAGAUUUCAAUGUUGUCUUGCAUGAAGAGGAGAAGAUAAGAGGUAAUCCUGUCCAACUUCAAGAUUAUGAAGAUUUGGCCUUUUGUGUCAAUUCUUGUGAGUUGUCAGAAACGGGUUUCAAAGGGAGUCAUUUUACUUGGUGGAAUGGGAGAGGAGGUGCGGAUUUGAAAUACUUGACAGAAUUUUCAUCAAUUAUCAAUUUUAGCAAUGGAAAUCCUUUAAUAUUGUUUAAGCAGAAAUUGAAACAAUUAAAAAGGAUUCUAUCUGCAUGGAGUAAAGAGGUUUAUGGUGAUAUUUUUAAGACGUUGAUCAUUAGAGUGGAAAUUGUCAGGAUUAAGGAAGAACUUUUUGAGACAGAUCCAUCUCCUUUGAACAAAAUGGUCCUCCAACAGGCUUAA